GCCGACUUUCACCAGAACUUUUAUACAUAUGAACAAAGUCAAUAUCAUUUUUAAUCUUACAUAUCUCGAUCUCUAUUCGGCUUAACCCUGUCCCAAAUUCAAGACUACUGUUUUCUUCAUGCGAAAUAGCCGUUGGUAAAAGUUACCUAACUCCUCUCCACGAGCAAACGCAUGUCUCGUCUUGGAUCAGCUGCUCGACGUCAUUGGAUGAACAUCCAACCCAGAUUCAAACGGUUUGUGGGGAGUAAAACAAGGCUAAAACAAGUGUAGCUAGCUCCCUGAUGCUUCUAUAUCCCUGCCUCCCCGUUGGAAGAUAUUACCUAGCUAUCAUUCUCGGGAUCAACCUCAAGCGGGGUCAUUACAUAGUAUCUUGCCAGGACAAAGCGCUUGGUCGCGCCAGCAUUAUCCAUGAUUUUUUAUAAGUAUUUCCGCUGUGGGACUCAGAUAUCCCGGGUUAGGACAGAGACGACGUUGUCGUGAACCACCAUACUAUCUCAAGAUUUUAUAACUUGAGGCAGUUGCCAAAGACUCUUGAUAACUAUAAGUCAAGAUGCCUCCGGAAUCUCGAGGAGAUAAGACGGAUGGCGGUCCAGCACCGCCAAGCAAGAAAGUCAAGCUUAGCCUCGUUGCCGGCGUCUUUGUCCCCGUCGUCCUCAAUAUCAUCAGUAUUCUCAUGUUCCUUCGUUUCGGGAAAAUAAUGGGUAGGAUUGGUCUGCUCGGGAUGCUUGGUUUACUAGUUGUAGCUUACAUUGUCGACUUCAUUACCACGCUUUCCCUCUCUGCCAUAGCUUCGAAUGGAGAAGUAAAAGGGGGUGGCGCUUAUUAUCUGAUUUCAAGAUCUCUUGGUCCCGAGUUUGGAGGUUCUAUUGGAAUUUUGUUCUACCUUGCCCAGGUCGUGAACACAUCACUCAAUAUUGUUGGUCUGAUAGACUGCUUGAAACUCAACUUAGGGAGUAUUGUCCCCCAUGGUUAUUGGGAAAGCUAUGCUAUGCAAACUGCAGCCCUUGUCAUCUGCACAGGCCUCAGUCUCGCUGGCCGUGCUCUUUUUGUCCAGGCAAGUGGUGUUCUUCUUAUUAUACUAAUAGUUGCUAUUAUAAGUGUUCCAAUAUCGACCAUCGCCAGAAGCCCAUUCAAGGAUGACAUAAUUGGAAUUGAAUUCACUGGCUGGAGCCUGGACACAAUGCGUUCCAACUUGUACCCGCACGCGGCCGGGCCAACAUACCGUGGCCUUGAAACAUUCAGGGAAUUAUUUGGCAUACUCUUUAGUGCUACAUCAGGUAUCUUUGCUGGGGCUUCAAUGUCGGGCGAUCUGCGAAAUCCAAGUAAAGCAAUCCCGAAAGGGACGUUGUGGGCGAUGGUAGCGACCUUCGUCCUCUACUUGGUCGUAAUAUUGUCGAUGGCGUCUAGCAUUACUCACCCUUCUUUUCUCAGAGAUACGAACAUCAUCUCUACAACAAGUUUAUGGUCACCGGUGAUUCUAGCUGGGGAGUGUGCCACUACAUUCUUCUCAGCUUUGAUGGGAAUCGUUGGUGGCGCCAAACUUCUUCAAGCACUUGGGCGGGACAGGCUUCUCCCAGGAUUGUUUGUGUUUGGAAAAGGAAAUAAGCGAGACGACCCCAUACUUGCGGUACUGGUCACCUACAUCAUUGCACAAGUUGCUCUAUUCGCAGAUUUAAAUCAAAUAGCGACCUUCAUAUCCAUGGGUUACCAGAUGACGUUCUUUGUUAUGAACCUAGCUUGCUUCUUGUUGAAGAUAGGAUCAGCCCCCAAUUUUCGUCCCGCGUUCAAGUUCUUUAGUUGGCACACGGCAUUUGUGGGAAGCGUUCUUUCCGCUGCCGCAAUGUUCUUCAUCGAUGAAACAUACGCUGCUUCGGCAAUUUGCGUGCUCAUCUUCCUCUUUCUUAUCAUUCAUUACACAAGUCCUCCGAAACACUGGGGCGACGUUUCUCAAAAUUUGAUAUAUCACCAAGUGCGAAAGUACCUGUUGAGACUAAAGCCUGAACAUAUCAAGUUCUGGAGACCCCAGAUCAUACUACUAAUCAACGAUCCUCGACAUCACACGAGGCUUAUUCAGUUCUGCAACUCUUUAAAGAAAGGGUCCUUGUACAUAUUAGGCCAUGUAAUUGUAACAGAUGACUUCAACUCAGGGGUACACGAAGCAAGAUUGCAGCAGUCAGCUUGGACUCGAUAUAUAUCGGAAUUCUCGAGAAUCAAAGCUUUUGUCCAACUAACAAUGUCACCGACAAUCGAAUGGGGGGUACGAAAUUUAAUUCUUUCCGCUGGCCUGGGCGGCAUGCGACCCAAUAUCGCCAUUUUAGGGUUCUAUAACAUGGACGAUCUACGGAAAUCUAGGCCACUCGCUCAAAUACCCGAGGUCCCUAGUACGCCUACUCAAACGACAUUUGAAACCAAGGCUGAAGGGAAAGUUCCAGGACGCAGGCGCGGAGAUACGUCUGCUCGACUUCUAGAUGGAUUUCUCCCGACUGACACUAUCCGCACGGAAGGCAUGAUGUCCGUUACGAGCUAUUUGACAAUAUUAGAGGAUCUUGCACUCCGUCAUCGUUUAAAUGUAGCCGUUGGCAAAGGAUUCCAAGCGCUAGAAACCCCACGUCGCAGUGGAAAUAAUACGAAGAAGUAUAUCGAUCUCUGGCCGAUCCAGAUGUCAGCUGAAAUCACUGAUGGUGAUCAGAGUGUGUGGACAACAAACUUUGAUACCUAUACUUUAAUUCUACAACUUGGAUAUAUUCUAGAAAGUGUUCCCGCCUGGAAGAAGGCAUAUCAACUGCGCGUCCUAGUAUUCGUUGAGUAUGAAAAUGAAGUUAUACAAGAAGAAGCAAGGCUCAAGGCCUUAUUAGACAAGCUACGUAUAGAUGCGGAAAUCCGAGUAUCUUGGCUUGCCUCAGGGCAACUUCAGAGUUACGAAGCUAUCAUUAAUGGUCGCGGAAUUCGCUCUGAGUUUGGGAACAUCGUAAAUGAGCUGUUGAAGGAUGAUGAGUGGUGGCAGGAGCUACAAAAGUUGAGAACUGAAAGUCAUGAUAUGUCUCGAUCGCAGGAACUCGCCUCAUUAGAGGAUAUGCUGAAUGCUAAUAGACGCAGAGGCAGCUCGGUGUCUAAGUCCGACCCACACGGCAGUUUGCCAAGGGGAUUAGAUGUCAAUGAGCUUCUAGACAGAUCCAAGCAGCCAACAGUUUCUACAUUUGCGAAGUUGGGCGUCAAUUUUGGUAUUCACACUCACCAACUAAACUCUUCCGCCUUUGGUGGGCGAACUGAAAACAAUUCUCCUGACUUUAGCGAUGACGAUGGCGAAUCUAUAGCAUCCGAAGAUGUCGAUUUCAACGACAUUGCUAGUGCGACAAGCGAUGGUGGUGAAGGUUUAAAUCCACCCCAAAGACCUAGUUUCUUGGCUUUUCAAGGACGGAGAAGAAGUCACGGAGAUCUCAAGUACAGAGCAGGAUCGUUAAAGAAUCCAGAAAACCCUCGCACCCAGCGACCAGGGUAUUCGACUGGGACUAGAUCGUCAGGAUAUGGAACAAUAACACAGACGAUUGGGUCGUCUAUAACACAAACACCUCCUAUCAGUACAUCGCGGAGUUCUACUGGUCUCCUUAGCGCUACAUUAGAGCCAAGUGAGACUUCUCCUAUUAUGCCGAAAUCACCAUCUAGACCGGCGCUUUCACGCCACUCAUCAGCGACCCGAUUUACCAGUAAACCAACACCCGAGACUACAAAUUUGGUUGAAGGAGACAAGAGCUCAAGGAUUAUGUUCUCUAGAGAAGAGGAGCCAUCCCGGGCUAGACGUCCACCACUAUCACGAAAUGCUUCUACUGGUCGAUUUUCUAGCCGCCCUGUUCCUGAGACAAAAGUUGAGAAUGAGAAUGAAGAUGGCAUUGGCUCACGACUCACAUUUGCUGAGCCGGAGCCUAGCUCAUCAGGGACACCGCUGAGAUCCAGAAGGAACUCCGCAUCGAAAAAGGAGGGAUCUUCGGAAGUACAGUUUAAUUUACCAGAGCUGUUGGCGUCAUAUCAUCCUGGUCGUCAUUUAGAUGAGGAGGCACACUCGACGUAUUCAACGCAAAGCCUCCCUCUUUCAUUUAAUGAUUUGCCAAGUCGAGCUCAGCAUCUCAUUCUUAAUGAGCUUAUGCGCCAAUAUAGCAGUGACACGGCGGUGCUUCUCACGACUCUACCGAUUCCUGAGGAGGGAACUUGCCAGAGCGAGGAGGCGAGUUUAGGCUAUCUGACCGAUAUCGAGGUUCUCUGCCACGAGCUUCCGCCAGUACUACUUGUUCUAAGCAAUAACAUGACAGUAACGGUUAAUUUAUGAUACACGUAUACAUAAGAGGUUUCGCGUCUAUUAGAAACAAUUUCACACAUGCCGGCGUUUUCUUUUGGGGGGUCUUAAUCCUAAAUUUGUCAAAACCUGGGUAGUGAGGAAUGACUCCCUUACCCUACAUAGCCUAUCUGCUUAUUACUCAUAGACAUUCCCUAUAAAUAUACCACUGGAAUUUAUGAAUAAUGAUAAUUACCAAUUUUCUCAGUAGGACUUGAAUGAUGUAUUUCACUCAUAAAUCAGGUUUAUAGGGCGCCACGUUAGAGUGUAACAAUAAGUCGUGCUUCUGUGUUUGCCUUAUAAUAAAGAAUCUUAUACUCAUU